AUGCUUUCAAAAGAACAGAAACGGCUUUCUCUCCCGACUGGAGUUGUACCGAGCAGACACUUUCACGGACUUCUCAUGACAAGUUUCGCUCUUCCAGAGCGUCCCAAGAGCCGACGCGCGAAAUACCCCAAGGUUCGCACAGGCUGCGUUUCCUGUAAGAGGCGACACGUCAAAUGCGACGAGGCAAAGCCCAACUGCAACCGCUGCCUCAAGUUGUCCGGCGUGUGCGGUGGUUAUGCGCCGCUACGCAGCAAGUCCUGUUCUCCAAAAAUUACCGCCGAGUCUCGUGCAGAAGACCUAUCCAUAUUGGAAUUGACUCAUACCACCCACGAGAUUACGAGUCCCGAGAUCACUACCCCUGAAGGUGGUGUCAUGACUCCUUCGACCGCUGCAAUGAAGCUGGCCACGCCACCCUUUCUGCACGCCAAGCUAGCCGUCGACUACUUUAGCGAGCAGCAAGGCAUGAUUGGCGGCGGCGACAGCGUUUUCGAAAGAUCUUCCACGUCUUAUUUAUGUCAUGACAGUGCCCCUGUCGUUGACGACGUUGGCGAGAUAGGUAUUCUCGACGGCCCGUUUUGGACGGAUACCGUGCCACGCCUAGUGCGCGAGAAUCUCGCAAUCCGCUAUGCCAAUCUGGCUAUACAUACUCUCAUCAUUUCAAAACAGCCCGAGCUCACUCUCCAGGAGGUGUCCGACUUAGGAACAAACCACUACAGCCUUGCUUUAGUGCAUUACGGCGUUGCCCUCAAGGAAAUGAGAAACGCGAACCCAAUGUGCGACGGCAUUCGCGCUGCGGUGCUUUGCUCCAUGUUCUUUGUCAUCUUUGAAGCUUUAAACGGCGACAGAGAAGCUGCAGAGUCGCAUCUCCUUUGCGGACAGCGACUGCUCAACGAGCUCCAGCAUCUGCUCCCCUCCGGCAUCGCCGCUUCGAGCGCUGGUAGCCUUCGCAAGGAGCUGCGGAAUCUUCUGCAUUACAUCACAAUGCAAAUGAGCAUCUGUGGUGCGACGUUCUGGAAAAUUGAGUGUGAUGCGCUAUGCGCGGAGUACCUAGGAGAGUUUGCCGUGGACAAGCCGCAUGAUAUGUCGCCCAAAAACGGCACGCUCGACGGCCUUGAUUUCAUGGGUUGGCCAAAGGAUAGCACCACGAGGCUUGUUUAG